CAAACUGGUAGACUGCCACUCAUUUCCCCGUACCGUUCGCUCUUUUCCUGGAAGCCCAAUGCAUCUAAGGUGCCGUGCUCCGCAUUUACGCCCUCAUGCUCUCGCAGCCGGAGACCCCUCCACCGAACUUUGCGUUGUCUUGGCCGGAGGUGGAUCCGGUGGCCAUAUCUUCCCCGCCCUUGCCAUUGCCGACGAACUCAGCGCCGUCCGCCCUAAUGCUCGCAUUGUCUUCCUUGGCACGGCUUCUGGUAUGGAGAGCGAGGUUGUUCCUUCUGCCGGAUACGAGUUUGUUCAUGUUCCGAAGGUCUGCCUAGCCCGCCCUUUCCUCUCCCCGCUCAACCUCCUCCUUCCCUUUCAACUCUUACGUUCCAUCAUCGCUAGCGCCGCCGUGCUCUCCCGCCUCCGCCCUAAAGUCGUUGUCGGCACCGGCGCCUACGUGUCCGCCCCCGUAUGCUUCGCCGCCAUCAUCUCCGGAAUAAUGCUCGUCAUUCAGGAGCAAAAUUGCUACCCGGGCAUCACUAACCGUGCCCUGGCACCCUAUGCGGAGAAGAUUUUCCUUGCGUUCAACGCUUGCAUAAAGUAUUUCCCUAGAGACAAGUGCGUGGUAUGCGGAAACCCUCGUCGUCUCAGUAGUGGCUCUGGUGGUGGAGUGUCCAAGGCUGAUGCUAGGCAGCAUUUCUUUCCCGAAUCUGGUAACAUGGAUUUGGAUGAGAGAGCUCUGGUGGUUCUCGUGCUCGGGGGUUCGAUCGGAGCCAAUGCUAUGAAUCUUGCUUUCUUGGAGGUUUGCUAUGAUAUGCUGGCUAAGCAAAAUAAUAUAUUCAUUAUUUGGCAGACAGGAGCGAAGUGGUUCGAGGAUGUCAAACGUGUUGCCAAGGUUCAUCCCAGAUUGUUCCUUACACCGUUCUUAGAUGCAAUGGAGUUAGCUUAUGCUGCUGCUGAUCUUGUUGUUUCUCGAGCUGGAGCAAUGACUUGUACGGAGAUACUAACUGCAGGAAAGCCGUCAAUUCUGAUCCCAUCACCAACUGCUUCAGAUGACCACCAAACAAAGAAUGCAUAUGCCAUGGCAGAUCUAGCAGGGGCUCAUGUCUUAACAGAGGAUGAACUUGAUUCCUGUAGUCUUCAAACAGCCAUCAAUAAUGUGUUAGGUGAUAAUAACUUGAUGGAAGAAAUGUCUGAGAAGGCAAGGAGAGCUUCUCGACCCAAUGCUGCAUCUCAUAUAGCUGAAUGUAUUCUCUCGAUUUUGGUUUAAGCUUUGGCAAAGAUAUUCUCCCGUUUUUGACAGGUUCUUUCGAGAUCAAGUAAUUACCUAGGAGCUGGGGACUAUUGCAUAUGUUAGUUCUUCCUGCAGACCCACCACAAUCUGGAUGUUCUUAAUUUUCACUUACAAAGAAGAAUAAAUAUCUAAUCAUACAUAUUUGUAUACAGGGUGUAAGUACUGAUAAAUUUUAAUUAUUAAAUAAUAAUUUAUAAAAUGUUUAUAUGCAUUAGAGAGACAGAAGGAUUAGAGAGACAGAAGGAUGAGAAGACAUUCAUGCUUAAAUCAACGCAGCUUAUCCUUAGUUACGCAGGUAAUAAGAAAAUCUUCCAGAUCAACAAUGCCAGUUUAACCCCAAAUGCAUGAUUAAGUGCAUCUCCAGCCGAACUCCAAAUGCCAAAUGACUGUAAGGCAUAGUUGGUUUGCUCCAUUCGAACGGUAAAACAAUUGCUAAUCGGUGGAGGGUGAAUAGUGCGAAGCAAUAUUGGUGUUGCGUUGUUCACUUACAUGAUUUUUCUAUUUCAACCGGAUUUGUCAAAGAAACGCGUGAAAGAGGAGAA